UCCCUUUAAGUUUUUUGGUUAUUGUCAACUUACAUUUGUUGGUUGGCCUUGCUCAUGGCUGGUGGGAUUUUUUAACUUGCCUUGAAAUGUUCCUAAGGGUUAGGUUGGGUUAGGUUAGUGUAGCAGGAGUUUACAUUAUGGGUGUGAAUUGUGGGAGGCUGCAAUGCAAAUACUUUAAGCAUACCUUUGUUCUUGAGCUCCCUCAAAAUAUCCAUGCUGGUGGACUGUUUUUUCUUUUUUUUCUUUUUUUCAUCAAUGGGCUCGGGUGUUUCCUUUAAAAACCAAUUAAAAAUUAGAUAAACAAUUAACAAUCUUAAUACUACCAAUUAAUGUACUGUUUAAGAAGGAAUCAAUCUAUGUAUUUUUCCACCAUUAGUGCAAAAACUGAUAAAAUAUUACUGAACUAUUGUUUAUAAUCAUAUUUAUUAAUACUAAAUACCAAUCAAAAACAUAAAUGGAUAAGAUGAACUAAAAUAUCUUACUAACAAGCAAAACCUACCUCUUCCUCACUGUCUGAUAAAAGUACACUUCUUCUUUUUUUUCUUUUUCCUUUUCCAGUAUUCUCAGUGCUUGACAUCUCUUCACCGACAAUGCAUUUGGCCAUCUUUCCAACCAAAAUUUGUCUAUCAUCUGCAUACAGAUAAGAGGAGAUAUUGGGAACUCGCAGGUAGCUACAGCAGUGUUUUCAUUCAAUCUGUCUUUUUUGCCAAGGGAGUUAUAAAAAAGUAAAAAAUCCCAUGGCACACUUAACUUGAGCUUAAGUCAGAAAUUAAUAAGGUCAUUAUUGCUAUGUUUGGUUAUGAUUAUAAAAGCCAUACAUUUACAUAUUGUGUCUGUCUGUAGGGCGAAUUUUUUUUUAAUGAUUAAACACCAUCAAAGUUGUGAGUGUGGCUAUGCGUCACAUGUGAAUAGGCUUGUUUGAGAUAAGCAAAUUCUGCGCAGAACAGAUCACCGCAAGAUGCACGCCGAUUAGAAACAGACCCCUUAAUCGUCACGGCUAGCUGGAGGCAAAACAUAAGUAGGAACCCAUAGCCGGCCCGGCGUGCUAAAAGUUUGAGGUUUUUACUUUAAAUUGUCAUCAUGUUGUGUUUUUGGCUGCCAGAAUAGAAGGAACAGCACUUUCCUUCACAGAAAUCAAGACGACAAUUCAGGUUGAUUGCAAUACGGAGUACAGACUGGACGAAGACGAUCAUAAAUAAUGCUCGUGUUUGCAGUGCACACUUCAUAUAAGGUAAAAUAAUAUAUGCAUCUACUGGUGUGUUGGUUUUAUCUAGUACAAAUCAGCAAGUUUCUGUUUUAUAGGUGAAAAGUCGCCAACCGCGCUAUUGUUUAGCUUAAAUGUUAAACAAACAUACAGCGAUAGAUGUGUGUGCCAUCCUUUAAAUUGUCUUUUAAAAUAUUCCACAUUGAUAAUCAUAGUUAGCCCAGCGAUAGGUUACAUUAGACAAUAAGCCUUGACAAAGUUCCCCAAACCACCCGAAAGUAAUUCUAGGAAAGCCUGGUUAAAAUCUCGAGAGUUAAUUGACAAAAAUAGCUGCCACGGUCGCGUAGAAUCUAUACAUAUUCGGACAGUUCCUAAACUUUUUCUGCAUCCAUGUUUAAUAAAUCCCCCCUAAAACAUGUUAGCUUACGCUUGUCAACAUUGUCUCCACGGCUCUUUCUGCCAUUUUCAUUGGUAAUUUUUGUGAACCAAUCAUAUUUCUUUCUGCCCUGAGAACAUGUUUGUGUAACUAAAACUCCCAUGUGCUUCAUUUUUAUAGUAUACCGUCAUCUAAGACACCAUUUGAAGAUAAACGUAGGUGUUCAUGGUUGCAAGAAGCCCUCAACCGGACAGACUGGAGUGAUGAAAUCAUCUGGAAAUCUUUUAAUAAUUACAAUAGAAUAAAUUAGAGAAGAUAUCCGGAGUUCUGUGGAAUUCUGAUCCCUCUAUGUGUUUCUUAUAGCGUUUUUAUCACGUUACGUUUAUAAUUUAUUUAGAAAGAUUAAAGAUUUGAAUGAGUUCAUAAUAUCAAUAAUAUUACCAUUUAUUAAAGUUUUCGUAUUUUUUUUCAUUUUCUAUUAUUUCUUUUUACCUUCUAUCUUAGCCUAUGUCUACUUCCUGUUUGUUCUAAAUUAUGAUGUUUACUAAUAAAUAUAUAAACAGGCCUAUACAAAUUAAUUUGUAUGUAAACAUAAUAGUUUUAGAACAAACACGUAGGCUGUAAAUAACGAAGAAAUUAAAAACAGGAAAAUUAUGAAAUAUUUAAUAAAUUAUAUUAUACAGAAUACAUGAUAGUAUGCUCUUAUAAGUACUUUAGCGAUUCAUACUGUAAAAAUAAUUGAUUUACCAAUAAAGAACAAUAAAUAUACGUUACAUACAUGCACACAAUUAGUAGCCAAGCCAUUUAAACUUUUAAUUUAUUUAAAAAAUAAACGUAACUUGGUGAAAACGUUAUAAGAAACAUUACACUUAAGAGAAAUAUAGGGGAAACAGACUUCUACAGAACACCGGAUCCAUAAAAAUCACAGUUAAACGCUAAAACACUUCAUACAGCUAUUGAGAAACAUUCACUUUCUGCCACCAGUUGGGCUCCGCCCACAAAAACGUAAUCUCUGUUUGCAAACACGCAAAAGGUCUAUAUGAUGUCUGUGCACCUGACAGCCAGCUGUCACGACCACUGAUCUAUAUAAAUGACUGGAUUGCGCAUAGAACGCUUGACGUAACUGCGUGACGUGAAGCCAGCGCAGAGUUCGAGCCGCCAUCUUGGUAUACCCAACCGGCAGAGAGCGUCAUUGACUUCCAUUCAAAAUCAUGAUCAAAAUUUACCCCCUUUACAGCGUAUCAGUUACACAAUGUUAUUUUUUUGGAUAUGUGUACGUUAAUUUUUUGUUAAUUCUGGUGUUAUUUGCAAUGUUUAUGUUUUAAUCGGGCAGGAUAAUGGAUUUAUAAAAAACCGUUAAGAUGAGUGUGUCUGUUGCAUUUGUUAAUGACACGGGUAUAAAUAAAGUUUUUUUGACAUUCAGCUACACUGAGACGGUCAGCGUUAUUUCUCUAAAUAAGUUUAGGUAACUUGUAAGUUUAGAAUUUAAAACUAGCAAAGUAUUGCAUGCACAUACGGUACAAAGCAUGAUUAUUUAUAUAGAUUUCAGAAUGAGCACGUUUAUUGUCAUUAAUACUAAAUAUGCUGCGGUCUGUCUGCUGAUCUGAUACUGUAAUAAAGAUGAAUGUAUAAUAACUGAUUAAAACGCAAAAUGUACAACUUUCAGUAAAUAACUAUUUACAUGCUUUGGACGUUUGUGUUGUAAUAAUGUACAGGGUUAGUUCACAUAUAAAAACGAAGACGAGUAAAGUGAUGUUUUAUCAUUAAAAUCUGAUAACGUCCAUUGAUUUAAUAGAACGUUUGGGUAUACCAACAUGGCGGCGCGGUGGCUUCACAAGUGUGACGUCAUGCGCAAUCCAGUCAUUUAUAUAGAUCAGUGGUCACGACAGUAAAAUGCGGCACAGUGUUUGGGAAACACAAGCUAAUGUGUGACGUAGAUUACCGUAUAUGGAGUGAUGGCUACAACUUAGAAGUUUUACCUAACGAAGUAACAUUAGUCAUGUUUUUGGUUUUAUUUGUAGUAAAAGUGUGGUUACAUUUAUUAAGGGUAGUAAAAGAUUAACACAAGACUUACCAUUCAUUGCUAAGAUUCUGGCUGGACAGGGUAUAUUCUUCCGCCCUUUUGGCCAGUUAACUACAUACAUUUGCAAAGGGUCGUUUGGUUUUAUAUCGCCUUCAACCCAUGAAAGCUCCCCAAUUUCAACCGUACCUUCAUUAGGGAAGUCAAAAAGAGCAUAUUUCGCGUUUGUCAUCCUUUCCAACUUCUUCUGAAAGUUCCGUUUACUGAAGAGACCAUGCAAACCGGCGGACUGGACUGGCGCGAGCGUGCGAAACGUCAUGAUCCCGCGGAUUUUGGCGCGCACCGCAUAUCGCGAGACAGCUAAGCGCUGUUGAAUGCAAGUUCUCUUCUCACGCUGCAAAAGCUGGUAAUGGUUGAUAACCGUUAAUUUAAGUUUUCUUUUACAAAAUGUCAUCUGGACGACGGUACAAGCGAUACCUUUCCGAUUAUUCUGUACCUGUUCCUAAAAGUACGAAGUGGUACAGAGAGCACAACCACAGUGUACAUGACAUCUCACUCACGGCUGACAAACAGAUUGUUGAGGGAGACGGGACAGAUGGACAAAGUUUCCAAUCAGGUACUGCAGUCGAGGAUGACAAUGAUGAUGAUGAUCCUUAUGACGAUGACAGGGUCUUUGAUGGACAACGUCUCCAAUCAGAUCCUGCAGACAACGAUGAUGAUGAAAUCUCUGAUGGACAGCGUCUCUUAUCAGAUCCUGCAGACAACGAUGAUGAUGAAAUCUCUGAUGGACAGCGUCUCUUAUCAGAUCCUGCAGACAACGAUGAUGAUGAAAUCCCUGAUGGACAGCGUCUCUUAUCAGAUCCUGCAGACGACGAUGAUGAUGAAAUCUCUGAUGGACAGCGUCUCUUAUCAGAUCCUGCAGAUGACGACGAUGAUGAUGAAAUCUCUGAUGGACAGCGUCUCUUAUCAGAUCCUGCAGAUGAUGACGAUGAUGAGAUGUUUAAUGGACAGUGUCUACUAUCAGAUCCUAUGGACGAUGAUGACGAUGAUGAGAUGUUUGAUGGACAGCGUGUCCUAUCUGAUCAUACAUCACGCAAUGGCAGCAAUGACAGGAAUGAUGAAGAACCAUGUUUCCAGAGAACAGAAUUCAACCAUCCAGACAUGAACAAUGAAGCAAUCUAUCCUGGUGCAUCUAUCAACAGAGGACAACUUUUAUACCUCCUGCUGGCAUUUAUCCUGCGUCACAACAUAAGUGGAAAUGGCGUAAAAGAUUUGCUCGAUCUUAUUAAUAUCAUUGUCCCUGGUUGUGCCCCGG